AGGCCCACCCAUGGGGGCACCGCUAGCAGAAAUGUCUGCUUCUGUGAUGUCGCCACAGGCACAAGACCUCCUUCCCAUGAGGUCAUCACAGAGGAAGAGGCGUGCCUAUGAGGUCAUCGCUCAGAGCCAUGCCUACGUUCUGUGGCGUCAUCACAGACUCCCUUCCUGUGAGGUGACAGCGGAGAUGAGGCCUUGUCCCAUGACAUCAUUCCUAGAGACCAAGAUUCCUUCCCAUGAUGCCACUGUAGCGGCAAGUCUCGCCCCUGCACCGUCUUCUCUGGCUCUAAGGCCUCUUUUGGCAUCGUAGUCCUGGAGGAGAUACCGUCCUCCCGUACCUUCACCGCAGAGAAGGUGCCUCUGUCCUGUGAUGUCAUCGCUACAGACAAAGCCAUCUUGCUGGGACACACGCAGGAGAGAAUACCUCGCUGACUGUGUCCUCACUAGAGAUAAGGCCCUUUUCCCAUCGUCAUCACAGGGACCCUGGCUCCCUCCUGUGAUGCCAUCACCAGAGAAGGUGCCUUGCCCUAUGACGUCAUCGGAGGGACCAUGCCUCCUCCUGUGAUGUCAUCACCAGAGAUGACAACCCCCUCUGGGGCCUCUCCAGGACGAAGCCCCUUGUGUGAUGUCACCACCAGAUGCUACAUGCUCUGAGAUGACACAAGGAGACACCCCCACUGCUGCCGCCAUGUCCUAAGAAAGCAGGGCGUCCCCGCCCUAGGGAAGACGCCAGAGAAAGCGCCCUGUGCUGAGAUGUCAUCCGAGGGGUGCAUCACUGGGGAGGCCACCCCCGUGGAGAGGCCUACCCCAGCGAUGAGGGUCUGUGUGUGGAUUGAUGGUGGCGAUGCCUCUGCCCCCAGUGCUGUGAUGUCAUCACCAAGCACCUCCUCCUCGGAGGCAGUGCCCACUCUGGCCACCAUCACUGUUGGUGGUGUCGCAGUUUCUGCCUUGUCCCGCCAUGACUCAGCUUUGUUGCUCCUUCCCCCCACCCCAGGGACAUGCCCGACAGGAUCUCCAUCAGACCCUCUGAAAGGAGAUGGGGCCUUGGGUCCUGCCUCUGUGCAGCAGCUCUGGAGGGACAGAACCCCCAGACAGGCUUCUGCUCCCAGGGAGCUCCCAUGGGAGUCAUGGGACCCCAGCUGGAGUCAUGGGACUCAUAGGUGGCCCAAAGCCUGGCCUCACUUCUUUCUGCCAUAUCUAGAGACACCAUCGCCUCUGUCAACAAAGUCCUGGCCUCCUGCUGGGGGGAGGGGUCAGGGGUGAGUCUGCUAUUGACCUUGCUGAUGACAUCAUUAGCACCACAUUACACCCACCAUUCAUGAUGGCUUUCCACCUGGGGCCAAAUGUUACCGGUGUCUGAUGAUAGCAUCAUUUCCCAGGAUUCCCUAUGACCCACCACAACUAUGGUAUCAUCCUCUUCCAGCAUUAACCAUGACUAAUAUUGUCAUAAUCUCCCAACAUUCCCUAUUGCCAAUGUCACCAUCUUCCAUGAUUCCCCACAGCCAUGGUGUCAUUGCCUCCCAGGAUCCACCACAGCCAUGGUGUCAUCGCCUCCCAGGAUCCACCACAGCCAUGGUGUCAUCGCCUCCCAGGAUCCACCACAGCCAUGGUGUCAUCGCCUCCCAGGAUCCACCACAGCCUUGGUGUCAUCGCCUCCCAGGAUCCACCACAGCCUUGGUGUCAUCGCCUCCCAGGAUCCACCACAGCCUUGGUGUCAUCGCCUCCCAGGAUCCACCACAGCCUUGGUGUCAUCGCCUCCCAGCAUCCACCACAGCUUUGGUGUCAUCGCCUCCCAGCAUCCACCACAGCCUUGGUGUCAUCACCUCCCAGGAUCUAUCACAGCCUUGGUGUCAUCACCUCCCAGCAUCCACCACAGCCUUGGUGUCAUCACCUCCCAGUGUCCACCACAGCCAUGGAGUCAUCACCUCCCAGGAUCCACCACAGCCUUGGUGUCAUCACCUCCCAGCAUCCACCACAGCUUUGGUGUCAUCACCUCCCAGUGUCCACCACAGCCUUGGUGUCAUCACCUCCCAGUGUCCACCACACCCUUGGUGUCAUCACCUCCCAGCAUCCACCACAGCCUUGGUGUCAUCACCUCCCAGGAUCCACCACAGCUUUGGUGUCAUCACCUCCCAGCGUCCACCACACCCUUGGUGUCAUCACCUCCCAGGAUCCACCACAGCUUUGGUGUCAUCACCUCCCAGCAUCCACCACAGCUUUGGUGUCAUCACCUCCCAGGAUCCUCCACAGCCUUGGUGUCAUCACCUCCCAGGAUCCACCACAGCCCUGGUGUCAUCACCUCCCAGGAUCCACCACAGCCAUGGUGUCAUCACCUCCCAGUGUCCACCACAGCCUUGGUGUCAUCACCUCGCAGGGUCCACCACAGCCUUGGUGUCAUCACCUCCCAGUGUCCACCACACCUUUGGUGUCAUCACCUCCCACCGUCCACCACAGCCUUGGUGUCAUCACCUCCCAGCAUCCACCACAGCUUUGGUGUCAUCACCUCCCACCGUCCACCACAGCCUUGGUGUCAUCACCUCCCAGGGUCCACCACAGCCUUGGUGUCAUCACCUCCCAGUGUCCACCACAGCCCUGGUGUCAUCACCUCCCAGGAUCCACCACAGCUUUGGUGUCAUUACCUCCCAGGAUCCACCACAGCCUUGGUGUCAUCACCUCCCAGUGUCCACCACAGCCUUGGUGUCAUCACCUCCCAGGAUCCACCACAGCCUUGGUGUCAUCACCUCGAAGGGUCCACCACAGCCUUGGUGUCAUCACCUCCCAGUGUCCACCACAGCUUUGGUGUCAUCACCUCCCAGUGUCCACCACAGCCUUGGUGUCAUCAUUUCUCAGAUUCUGCCAUGACCAAUGAUAUUAUUAUCUUUCAGAGUCCACUUUGUCUGAUGGUGACAUCCUCUCCUGAAAUCCACUGGGACUGAUGAUGCUACCAUUUCCCAUAAUCCCUCAUGAUUGUGGUGUCAUCACCUGCCAGGACUGAACCAUGCAUGGUGUCAUAACCUCCCAGUAUCCACUUCAACCAUGGUGUCAUCACUUCCCAAGAUCCUCUUUAGCCGUGUGUCUCAUGUC